GCAGGGUCACAGGCAGAGGAGAGCCUCCCGAAGAGGAGAGUUCAGAUACAGUGAUGCCACCACUCUGUACCUUUCUUGUGCUUUUCAGCAAAUUCUAUGGUCUGCUUGGGAAUAUAUUUCAGCCUGACGUGCUGGUGAGAGCUAAGAUUGGAGACACUGUGACUCUCCCAUGUUUCUAUACUGCACAGGAACGGCUUGAUAUCAGCUGGUUUAAGCAGCCUCUUGGACAGAAGCCUCAGCUCAUUGUAGUACACAUUUACUAUCAAUCAGAUCCUACAUUUUUUAAUGAGUUUAAAAACAGUAAACGCCUCAGUGCUAAAGCAGCAAUGGGGAGCUUUAACCUGACUGUGUCACAAAUAGAGCCGUCGGAUUCAGCAACAUACUACUGCACUGUUAGACUUUACAGUGAAAUCAGCUUUGGAAAUGGAACCACUUUAAUGGUGAUGGUGAAUGGUUCAGAGUCACACAGCAGGGCAGUAGUACUGCAGCCCAAGUCUGAGUCAGUGCAGCCAGGAGACUCGGUGACUCUGCAGUGUACAGUAUGCACUGAGACCUGUGCAGGAGAACACAGUGUGUACUGGUUCAGACAGGGCUCAGGAGAGUCCCCUCCAGGAAUCAUUUACACCCAUGGAAUCAGGAGUGAUGAGUGCCAGAGGAGCUCUGGGGCUGUGUCUCCCACACAGAGCUGUGUCUACAACUUCCCCAAGAGGAACCUCAGCCCCUCUGAUGCUGGGACUUACUACUGUGCUGUGGCCACCUGUGGGGAGAUCCUGUUUGGGAAUGGGACCAAGCUGGACUUUGAGGGAGGUGAAUUAUCCAAGCUUGUCUGGCUCUCAAUCAUACGGACUGGAGUUCUCUGUUGGAUCUUGCCCAUAUUUGUCCUCAUCUAUUGCAAAAAGGCAUAAAUAAUGAUGGUAUUAUAGGAUUCAUAUCCUUAAAUCAGUCUGUGUGUCAUGUUAACUUUAAUAUCUCCUUCUGGGUAUUCUUUUUCUCCUUUCCCUUAUUAUUCAGAUUUUUUUUUUUCCAGAGAACAAUACCUGUUCACAAAUUAACCAGGUGUAUUAAUCCUAAUGUGCUGUUCUGAUACUUUUGGCAGAACAGCAUGAGACAGCUGAUGUUACUCAAACAAUGUAAUGCAAUUAAACUUAA